AAAAGUCCUGCGAUUACAACUUGAUAAUAAAUUCAGUUGGGAUCCAAGCAGACGGUGACCGAUGUUGCAUAAUGUUUGCAAUGGAGUUUCUGUGUGCUAGGCGCUUAGUAAGUGGGCGGUUUUGUUUUGAAAUUGAAAUGUGUUUGUCACACACAACAAAAGUUGGCUGGAACAUACAAUGUUACGUAUAUAAAAUAUCAGAGACGCUGCGACAAUUACUAGAGAAAGGUUGAGAAUCUCAAGUGCAAAAGAAGGGGGGGCUUAAUGCAUCCUCGUGCUGGAGUGUUUGCCGCACAAGUGCUGCCUAAUUCCGUAACUUAUCAGCAGAUGACGUCAUAGGAUAUUGCAGUAUCAUUUCCGUUAUCAGCUGCCUUGAAAUGAAUUGCAGUUAAUUGACCUAUAAGUACUGAGUGGUGAGACUGCCUUAGUCCAGUAGUGGUGACUGUCUCGGAGAAUCCGCGCUAGGUCCUGACGUAGGGAAGUAAAAAUGAGUGUGUAUCAGGCAGUGCAACCGGAGUACACGACGUCUGACAGUAGUGAUGCGGACAGAAACGUUACGUUGGACUACUCGAGGCUGUUACUCGAUUCGGACACACUGAUGUACAACUUGGAAGAGUAUGCAGCGAAGGACAAAAAAGCUACUGAGGACGUAGACACGUUAUUGCUGUACAACAAUAACUUGGAUACACUGCCGGCAAGCGUUUCGAAGUUCACAAAUCUAAAAAUGCUUGAUAUCAGUUACAAUAAUAUAACCCACCUUCCAGAAGCAUUAACGGAAUGCAGACUCACCUCCCUCAUAGCAAGGAAUAAUAUGUUGGAAAAUGACUCCUUCCCUAAAUCGUUUGGUGCACUUACCAGUUUGAAAGAACUGAAUUUAAGUGGUAAUAGUCUAACGUCAUUCCCACAGCAAAUUUUGGAUCUUACAGCACUGAAGUACUUGUACCUUGGUUCUAACAGCAUCACCAACAUCCCAAAAGACGUCUGGAAAUUACAAAGUUUACAGUACUUGUACAUGGGUGGCAAUAAACUUCAAGAAGUACCUGCAUCUGUUGGUAAACUCAAAAACCUUCAGGCUUUGGUGCUGUGUGAUAACUUGUUGGAAAGUCUGCCAGCAGCUAUAGCAAAUCUUAAGUUCCUGAAGUCACUUCUGCUACACAAGAACCGUUUAACAGUUCUUCCACCAGAAAUUGUGGGUCUAAACAGCCUUGCAGAAUUGAGUCUCAGGGACAACCCACUUGUGGUGAGGUUUGCCACGAACAUGUCUCUGGACCCUCCAACACUGUUGGAGCUGGCAGCGCGCACAGUGAAGCUUGCUAACGUCACAUACUCUCCAUAUGACCUCCCAAGAACUCUUGUACAUUACCUGGACAGUGCACACCACUGUGUCAAUCCUCACUGCAAAGGAGUGUAUUUCGACAGCCGAGUGGAACACGUGAAAUUUGUCGACUUCUGUGGCAAAUACAGGAUACCGCUGAUGCAAUAUCUAUGCUCUUCACGUUGUAUCAGCGAAUCGUCCCCUUCGUCAGCAAGCGAGUCUUCGGAAGAGGAAGCGUGUCAUAUGGUGAAGAGAGUACUGCUUGGCUGAUUGUUGACUCGCUGCAAAGUUUUGUCGUUACAGGCUUAUUGCUGCUGAUGUUGGCAAGUCAUUGACAUGAUUUUUGGUGUAAAGAAUAGGGUGUGUGUUGUGCAGUGAAUGUCAAUACAAGCAAAGUUUUUCUUUCUGUUAGUUGACUUCCUGCCCUUCGCAAUGUUCCAUAUGCCAUUCUACUCAGUCCAAAGUGUGUGUCUGAUAAGUAACUUCGGCAUUUUAUCGGCUGAAUACUAGACACACAGUGGGAUAUCAGAAGCAUAUCUAAGGGAAAAGAAUGUUAUGAUGUAUCACAAAAUCUCUGAAAGCCUGUCAUCUAUGGUGCGUGCCCCGUGAAACAUUCAGUGUAAUGGAAUUAACAUUUCUCUGAUUGUAACAGUGGGAGGUGAAGCAGUGAUGCACCGAUGGAGGAGUUAGCGUUUCUGUAGUGAACAAAGGAAGAAGAGGAUUGAAGCUUGUGAGAGACUAAGAGGAAGAGGGGUGAUGGGGGAGGGGGGGGG